CCAGAAACAAUUAAAGCGGAGGUGGGUGACGCCGUCCGGUCGUAGGUGAUUUCAUCAGAUAAUCCAAUUAUGACGUCCACCAUGACACGUGAGAGAAUGUUGAUGCCGCCAUCCAACGAACUAGACAGUGAGUGUUCAAGUGGUGGCGGUGAUGAUAAUCAUCAUAGUCACAAUAAUCAUAACAAUCUUCAUCAUGAUAAUGACCAACAUCAGCAUCACCAACGUCAUCAUCAUCAUCAUCAUCAUCACCAUCAUCAAGUGGAUCUUCGCCGACGAUUGCAGACUGAGGACAAUCUAGACUCGAGUAGCCCGAAAAAGCGUCGUAAGCAAACGACACCAGUUCGCGUACCAGCAACAUUGAUAACAACCGGCGAUCAAAUGGCAUCCGAGGAAGAUGAUGACAACAACGAUGACAACGGCCUGGUGGAUGAGAUCGACGACUUGGAGGGGGAAAUUACAUCAGCAGCUCAUGAGAGCCACACCGAACGAGAAUCAGACGAUGAGUUCAUUGAUAAAGGUAAGCCUACGACACUUGUUAGUGAUCAGGGAAUGUCUAAAGAUGAAAAUCUCAAUACUGAAUUCCGAUGCUUACUUUGCGGUAGUUUGUUUGAAGAUAAAGACACUUUGUUGUGUCAUAGAGAAAGUGAACAUGAUACUAACAAUUUGACGAGGCAGUCAAUUACUCAAAGCCCGCUCUCGCAAAAUUCUUUGCUACCUGUCGCCGUUAAAAUUGAGCAGCAGGAUGAAUCGUCUGAUAAUCCGGUGAAUCUUUCCUCGGGUUUUAAUUUAAACAAUUUCACAAACACAUGGGUGACGGGAGCAACGCAGCAAGCCCAAAUACAGGAGUCAGAGUGGUCCAGUCAGAAUUCAUUAAUGAUUUCAGGUCAAUUGUCGUGUUUACCUUAUCCCAAUGCUUUAACGCAGUAUCUUCCUAUUCCAACUUUUCCGAUGACCGAAAGUGGACAGCUGCCGCGUAAUGUAGUCGGCGGGUCAGCGCCCAUUAGAAUUUUCAACCCAGAUGCUUACUGUGAGCUUUGUAACAAAGAAUUUUGUAACAAGUACUUCCUAAAAACGCACAAAGCUAAUAAACACGGUAUCUAUAUUGAUCAACCGUCGUCAAGUACACCUGGUGCGAAUGAUAAUGGAUUAUUAAGCUAUCCUAAUUCACUUUUUCCGUCAGUCAAUAUUAAAAUCGAGCCACAGCAACAGCAGCCGCAGCUUCAGUUGUCGCAGCAACAGAAAUUAGAAACACCAGAAAUCAGUCCGGUUUCAAUGAUUCCAACAAUUCCUUGUGAUAUUUGCCAAAAAAGAUUUAAAAAUGAGGAAUUGCUAAAGAAACACAAGCAAAAAGUUCAUGUUGAACAGAUUUCUGAUCAUACUGACUCCCAGUCGUUACCUGCUACUGGCCUGAGUGAAGAUGAUUGCAGAGAGAUGCCAUCAUUCAAUGCUAGUCCGAGUAAUAUUGAAGCUUUAGUUAAGCAAGAUUACGGUAUUGAGCAAGAAGAUGCCAAAUUUAUGCCAGCGCCGAGACAGUUGUCACCACAGCUGUGUCAACAACUUAGAGAAUGCGGUUUCUCGGUUGAUAAGCUUAGGUCAUUGGGUGUUAUCAAUCCAGACGUAUUCUGUGAGCUUUGCUGCAAAGAAUAUUGCAAUAAACACUUUUUACGAAUUCACAAAAUUAAAAGACACGGUAUUCUGAUGCAAAGUAAUGGUAAGUCGCCGAACAAUCCUGGAGCUGCUGCAUCCUGGCAUCAGAUACAAACAAGUCCUCUCAAUUUGAUCGUCAGCGAUGCUCCGGCGGGUUCAGAGUCCACUGACAAGUCCGAAGAUUACGAAUGCAAGCCAUGUAGCAUCAGGUUUCAGACAAUGGGUCUCUAUGAAAUGCACAAAAGUAAAAUUCACGAUACUGAAGAGCCUAAAUCACCGAUAGGUAAUAUGGAAACCGAAGAAAUCGACAGCGAUCAACAACCACGCCCAGACACUAUUUCCCAGAAUCUUCAGAAAUUACAGACAAUGAUUUUACAAUUGAAUGGCUUGAAGCCUGGUAACAGACCGAUUGUUUGCGGAAUAUGCAGCAGAGAAUGCGAGAGUAAGUUGGCGCUGAAAACACACAUGAGUUUGGAACAUGGUACAAACAUUUUGGAAGAAUCGCUCUCUCCAUCCCAGCAGAUGAUCGAUAGCUCUUUCCUCACUGGUUUUUCAACAUUUUGCACUCUGUGUGAGAAAGACUUUCGAGCUCCUGAAUCCUUGAAACAGCACCUCGCUGAAGAUCAUGGUCAUUCGACAAUAUUGACAUCGAAUAACAAUUUGUCUAAUGUUCCUCAAAUUUCAACCCCAGCUCCGACGAACCAGCUGCCAGGCCCGCCCAUUCCUCCUCCAGCAGACAAGAAAUUGUCAUCAAUGACUCCGACUUCGAGCUACUGCGAAAUUUGUAACAAGGAAUUGUGUAACAAGUAUUUCAUGAAAACACACAUGCAACGAAUGCAUGGAAUUGAAAUAGAGAACGGAUCGCAAAUUGGUGGCGUGGUGUGCAACAUUUGCAAUAAAGAAUUGUGCAGUAAAUAUUUUCUUCGCGUCCAUAAGCACAAUACCCAUGGUAUUGUCGACGAAGGCACCGUUGGAGGAGCAACAUCCAGUACGAUAAAACCUGAAAAUUUUGAGUCAUCUAAUUCCGAAGACCUCGCGGCGUUGAAAUCUAAUGACCAACUGGGAGAUAUGAGCCACAGAUACUUUUCACACUUUACUGAAGUUUGUCCUGUUUGCGGUAGAAGAUUUCGCAGCAUUAAAUGGUUGAAAGCCCAUUUACUAGGUGAUCAUGGUAAGGUCGGUGUUAACAAGUGGCGCGAAUUAGAACAACAGUAUCAACAAAAUUCAACAACCGGGGCGAAGAAAUUUCCUGGAAAUUCAUUGAUGAAUCGUCCUGUCCAGCCAAGCCCGAGUUUAAAGAUCCCAAAUGGAUUUGAUAUUGCCCAUCACCUAAAGCCAAACGACUAUGGGGCAACUCUUGGUAAACAAGUGUUGUCUUCAUUAUUGGGCAGCGGUGAUGAUCAGAAUAAAACCUACCGUUGCUCUUUUUGCAAUUUUAUAACGCCAGUUCUCUCGUUCUUGUUUUUACACGAAAAAUCUCACUUACCUAACGAAAACAUUAACUUAGAGCCUUUACAAUGUCCAAUCUGUUCUCAAGGAUUUACCCAACCAGAAAUGCUACAUCAUCAUUUGGUGGCGCGUCAUCAAGUCACAGGAAUGCAGAUCCCGUUAUCGAUCAUCGCCAACCAAGCUAAUCUGUCUUUGGAAGGUAAUCAAGUUGAACGCGAUGGCACUGAUCAUCAAGAGUCUUCAGGGGGGAUCGAGGAAAAUAACAAACAUGGCAAUGUUUUUCCAGCACAAACAAAUUUUGAUCCAAUUAAGAACAAUCGCGACGAACAAAGUUUAAAUUUGGGAGCAGUUAGUGCCACAACAGCUACAGCAACUAUUUUAGUGACACCACAAGUUGCAUACAAAUGUGCUCAAUGUGGUCUAGCGACGACCAAUUUAAAUCGCAUUAAGAAGCACGUUAAAAAAGAUCACAAGUCAAUAGGUGAUCCGGCGGAUAAUGUUAUCGCAGAGCUGACCAAAACUCUGCACGAUCUUGCGAAUAAACACAAAGUACCUGUUAGCUAUGCAAUACCCCAAGAUACUAAUUCAAAUCCAGAUACCGGCACAAUAAUGCAACCAUUUAUCAUUGAGGAGAAAGAUUGCGGCUUCAGUAGUGAUGACAGCAGAGGUGAAAAAAAAUUCUCACCUGUUUUAAUUUAUCUACCUGUACGUACGCGAGUUACCGGUGUCCUUACGACUUCCUUUACACUUAGUCCUGCUUAACUAAAUUAUUGUCUUUAUAUUAAUUCAUUAAUUGAAUAUC